AUGGACUACCCCCCCAACUUUAUGCCAUUUGCCGUGCAUGAGAACACGGACCAUGCCAUUCCUUUAACCUUCGAAGGGCAGCCUCCCCAGCCUGUAGGGGGAUCCCGUGAAGAGCCUUGGGAGUGUGCCCAAGGGGACGUCGACUCAUACCCCCCAUUCACCACUGAGGGGACGACACCCAAUGCCUUGCCUCAGCCUAAUACCGCAGGAGUCUCUCAACCCCGCCCGAUGCAGCCACUACUCUUCUCUGUAAGGGAACCGCCUCCGAAAGUGGAAGGAAGAGAAAAGCUCGAUCUCAUCAAAGAGAGAUUGAGAGCAGUUGAAGGGUUCGGUGAUUACCCCUUCGCGGAUAUGACGGAUUUAUGCUUAGUACCCGAUGUCGUCAUCCCUCCAAAAUUCAAGGUACCGGACUUUGAUAGAUACAAGGGGACCACUUUCCCGAAGAAUCAUUUAAAGAUGUACUGCCGGAAAAUGGGGGCAUAUUCUAGAGACGAGAAGCUAUUGAUGCAUUUCUUCCAAGAUAGUUUGGCCGAAGCGGUGGUCAUCUGGCAGUAUCAAUACAAAACUGACAUAGCUCCCGACAGAACCCAACUACAGAAUAUGAGCAAGCGGGAGCAUGAGUCUUUUAAGGAAUAUGCCCAACGGUGGAGGGAUUUGGCAGCACAAGUGGCACCCCCCAUGGUAGAAAGGGAGAUGAUCACGAUGAUAGUGGACACUUUGCCAGUGUUCUACUAUGAAAAGUUGGUGGGUUACAUGCCCUCUAGCUUCGCGGAUUUAGUAUUGCAUCAUGUCUCCCCCGCCAGCACAAACAAUAGAAGGAUCGAAGUAGCUGGGGCAAAAAGAAAGGAAGGGGACGCCCAUGUCAUCACCUUGGAACCCGCUUGGCCAAAGUCUCAGCAAGCCUCGCAUGGUACUCACCAGUACGCUCAACACCACCCAAGUUUUUUGGCCUGCGCUGAAAACUCUUCUGGCUCAGCUCCCGUCCAGCCAAGGACGUUUGCACCAUUGCAAAGGGCCCCUGCUCAGACUUCAGCUCUGACGCAACCUCGUUCCCCCAAUGACACCAAUCCUGGCAUGAACUUCAACAUGGGAAGAAACCCUCCGAUGAAGAAGCUUCCAGAGUUUGCCCCAAUCCCGAUGACAUAUGGAGACCUGUUGCCAUCCCUGAUUGCCAACCAAUUGGCAGUGGUGACCCCUGGAAGGAUUUACCAGUCUCCCUUCCCAAAGUGGUACAACCCCAACACGACCUGCACGUAUCAUGGGGGAACACCGGGGCAUUCGGUCGAGCAAUGCAUGGCCCUCAAGCACAAGGUCCAGAGCUUGAUCGAGGCAGGAUGGUUGACGUUCCAAGAAGAUGGGCCAAAUGUAAAGACGAAUCCGCUCACCAACCACGGGGGAUCGGCUGUGAAUGCAAUUGAGGUGUGCAGUUUGCGAAGUCCUAAGCAUUUAAAAGACAUCACAACCUCUACGAGGUUUAUUUUUGAAGCCCUGCAAGAGGCAGGCGUGGUUCCUCUCGGUGGGCACAAGGGGGAUCCUUGCUUGAUGCAUCCGGGUGCACCGCAUGAUAUGGAAACAUGGUCAGCGAUGGAGGAGCUGUUGCAGUAG